CUAGUGGACUACAUCUCCCAUGAUUCUCUACGACGCGUGUGACGUAGGAGGCCGGCUUUUAUACCCGCGUUGCCCGGAUGUAGUUCCUUUUUCCUUUCAGCCAAGAUGGCAGAAGAGCAGGCUGUGAAGAAGGUGAGGAGACACCAUGCCAGCCGCAACCCGGUGCUGGCGCGUGGAAUUGGGAAGUAUUCCCGUUCUGUAAUGUAUGCCAGAAAAGCCCUAUACAAGCGCAAGUACAAGGCCCCAGAAACAAAGAUUGAAAAGAAGAAAAAGGAGAAGCCACAAGCAACUGUCACAAAGACCGUCGGUGGGGAUAAGAAUGGUGGUACUCGUGUGACAAAGCUGCGCAAGAUGCCCCGCUUCUAUCCCACUGAAGAUGUUCCUCGUAAACUACUAAGCCAUGGCAAGAAGCCCUUCAGUCAACAUAAGCGCCACCUGCGUGCUUCCAUUACUCCUGGGACUGUACUUAUCCUCCUUGAUGGACGUCACAGGGGAAAGCGUGUUGUCUUCUUGAAGCAGCUUCAAUCUGGCCUUUUGCUGGUAACAGGACCUCUAGUUAUCAACAGAGUGCCUCUGCGCAGGGCUCACCAGAAGUUUGUCAUUGCCACUUCUACCAAGAUUGAUAUCUCAACUGUCAAGGUCCCCAAGCAUCUGACUGACACUUACUUUAAGAAGAAGAAGCUGCGCAAACCCAAGCACCAGGAAGGGGAAAUCUUUGACACUGAGAAAGAAAAAUAUGCAGUCACACAACAGCGCAAAGCAGAUCAGAAAUUUGUGGACUCUCAGCUCCUGCCCCUGGUCAAGAAAGAACCCCAGAUGCGUGGAUACUUGCGCUCUGUAUUUUUCUUGUCAAAUGGAAUGUACCCUCACAAACUGGUGUUCUAA